ACUUGAUUAAAAAGCAUUUCGCACAUCACUCAGUUCACCAAACGAGCGCCAACAAGCAACGAAACAAAAAGGCAAAGAUGCGUGUGUGUGUGUGUUAAUAACCGAGUCUAAGAGAAGCGACAAAGCGACAAUAUACACAAGUCAAAGAAGUCGAAAUCGAAGUCAAAGAAGAAGUUAAAGACAAAGCCGCCGUGGUAAAGAAUAGUUUGUGACUCCAGCUCAGCUUCGUUGUUGGCUUUAGUGUUCUUGGCAGUGAAGUGUUUGUGUCAGUUGGUGUUUUGCAGCGAUCUAGAAAGAACGUGUCUUUCUCCCGAUCACGGAUCCAAUUCAGUACACACAAAUACAUCACUAAGCCGCACAUAGGCGCACACUUAUAUACCACACAUAGAUAGAUAUAUUGUGGUGUAGUUCUAUAUAUAAUAGUGCAACAAGUUGAAGAAUUGGUUAUUAGUGUUCGAUUAAUUGGCGGAAAGAGUCUACUUGUUUGUGUCUUCUUCAAAAAGAAAUGGCGAAAAUUAUUUUAAUCUGUUUACUGAGCGUGUUAGCCUGCGUCUCAGGGCAACGCAUCACCACCAUUCACCUGGAUGGCGUACAAUAUUUUAUUAGCCGCAUGAAUCCCUAUUCACCUGAACUCAACUAUUUCCUGGCCUAUCAAUACUGCCGUUCGUUGGGCCUGCAAUUGGCGUCCUUUGAAACAAAAGAGAAGGCCGAGUCAAUGACUACAUACCUAAAGAAUGCCGGCUAUGGUAAUUAUGAUUUCUGGACUUCCGGCAAUCGUUUAGGCACUGGCAUGUUCCUAUGGAUGAGCACUGGCCUGCCAUUCAAUGCGACUUUUGAUUUCUUCGAAAAUUCAGCUGAUGCCAUACAAGCUGGUCUGCUAGAUCCAGUCGAUCAUAAUAGCAAUACGUCACCACAGCGAACGGCGCGCGACAGCAGUAGCGGCGCUGAGAAGGGAUGCGUCAUAUUGAAACAGCCAACAUUGAAAUGGAUGCCCGAAGAUUGCUCGGCUGUGAAAGAUUUCAUCUGUGAACAGACUCGAUGCUAUUACUACAACUAUGGCAGUAUUCCAGUGUCGUCGGCGCAGGGGUAAGGACACCACUCAAAACGCACUGAACAAAUCAGCCAACAAAAACAAAAACAAAAAGCAAUACAGAAUAAAGCACACACAUUCACUGACUAUAAUAUCGAAAAAUUUAAAGCGAAAA